AUCUCUCUCUCUCUCUCUUCUCAAUCUUCCCUCAUUUGUCCCAUCUCUUUUUUUUCUCCAUUGCAAGAAUUCUUGACCUUUUUUUAUUUAUUUUCAGCUGUCAACAGGAGCUUAAGAACACCCCAAUACACUUUUUUUUAAAUUUGUACAUCUGUGGUUGCAGAAAGAUUGCUUUUUUAUUAAUGGGGUGAUUUUUCUUGUAAAGAUAGGGUUUUUAUUCAUGGGUUAUUUGGAGAUGAUGGGUGUUGGUAUUUGUAGAAGGAUGUAGCUGGACAAUAAUUUUCUUCAAAUUUUGAUUGAUGAUUUUUAGGCUUCAUUGUUUUGAAAGUUGUGAACUUUAAAUUGAUUUUGAUCUUUAAGGGUGGUAAAUUGGAUAGAUGUAUGAGUAGUUUUGAUGGGGUUAAUUGUUUCUUGGAUUUGCUGGGAUUUUUUGGCCAAUCUAAGUGAGUGAAAAUCUGAGAGAAUUAAUUAUUUUGGCUUGUUGAAAUUGUUGUUGUUGGUGAAAUUUCUGAAGUGGGGUUGUUGAAAUCAGCAUGGAUCAUGUUGUGGGUGGGAAGUUUAAGCUUGGAAGGAAGAUUGGGAGUGGUUCUUUUGGUGAGCUUUAUUUAGGUGUGAAUAUACAGAAUGGAGAAGAAGUUGCCAUUAAGCUGGAAUCUGUCAAGACGAAGCACCCUCAACUUCAUUACGAGUCAAAAAUAUAUAUGCUUCUCCAAGGAGGAACCGGGAUUCCCAAUCUCAAAUGGUUUGGAGUUGAGGGCGAGUACAAUGUGAUGGUCAUUGACCUUCUUGGACCAAGUUUGGAAGACCUCUUCAACUAUUGCAAUAGGAAGUUCACUUUGAAAACAGUUUUAAUGCUUGCAGAUCAACUAAUUAAUAGAGUUGAAUAUAUGCACUCACGAGGAUUUCUUCACCGUGACAUAAAGCCAGACAACUUUUUAAUGGGUUUAGGUCGCAAAGCAAAUCAGGUUUAUGCCAUCGACUUUGGGCUUGCCAAAAAGUAUAGGGACCUACAGACUCACAAGCAUAUACCAUACAGAGAAAACAAGAAUCUGACCGGCACAGCUCGUUAUGCCAGUGUCAACACACACCUUGGAGUUGAGCAAAGCAGAAGAGAUGAUUUGGAAUCUCUCGGCUAUGUGCUUAUGUAUUUUCUUAGAGGAAGCCUUCCAUGGCAGGGACUGAAAGCUGGUACCAAAAAGCAGAAAUAUGAUAAAAUUAGUGAGAAGAAGAUGUUAACUCCAAUAGAGGUGUUAUGCAAAUCCUAUCCUUCAGAAUUUAUAUCAUACUUCCACUAUUGUCGAUCAUUACGGUUUGAAGAUAAACCUGACUAUUCAUAUUUGAAGAGGUUGUUCAGAGAUUUGUUUAUUCGUGAAGGUUAUCAAUUUGACUAUGUUUUUGAUUGGACCAUUUUGAAGUACCCUCAGAUCGGUGCCAGUUCUAGAGGACGACUUCCUGGUGGAAGUGCCGGACUAAAUGCUGGGCCAUCUGCUGAAAGACCAGGAAGGACAUCAGUCGGACAAGAUAUUAGAGACAGGUUUUCUGGUGCUGUUGAAGCAUUUUCUAGAAGGAAUGCUUCUGGUACAGGAAAGCAUGGGGAGUACUCCAGACACAAGACUUCAGAGGAUAUGACUUCAUCUAAAGAUGUGCAAGCUGAUUCAGAAAGAGGCCGUACCUCAAGAAACGGAAGCUCUUCAAAAAGGGCUGCCAUUUCUAGCAGCAGACCGAGCUCUUCUGGUGAUCCCACCAUCACUGAUAGUCGGUCGAGCAGACUAGUGUCAAGCAAUGGGCGUGUGUCUACCACACAAAGAAUUCAUCUAGGUAUGGAACCAAAACCAUCACCUUUCUCACGUAAGGGGACACGUGAUGACCCUCUUCGGAGCUUCGAGUUCCUUUCAAUCCGAAAGUAGAAAAAAGCAUGUCACUUGUAUAAAGAGAGAAUUUCCUGUUUGUUUUGGAACAUUGCAAUCCUUUUAAGUGUUGUAUAUUGAAAAUGUUUCUAUGUGACAACUUAAGCUUAUCCCAACUUCCAAUUGUUCCUUGUUUUGGUUUUGAUUUUAGAGCUUGAGUUCUGGCCAUUUGUAAAAGCCUUUUGACUCAUCCAAAGAAUUGAUGAGUAAAAAGUGCUAGAGUUUCAUACAUGUACACUCAGAUAGUAUGUAUUAUGUAAUAAAUAUUAUUAUUGUACCAAUGAAUGUAUCUUUUUUACUCAGUA